AUGCAGUCGCCCCCCCCCGCUGAUUCCAGCUCCUCCGUCAAACCGCCGCCGGGCCAGGUGCGUUUCUCCUCCGUCACCGAGGAGAUCCAACCGCAUAAUCGCCGGACUACGCUAUCCCCUACCCCGGAAGAGGAGGUGGAGGAAGGCUUCAGUGGCCUGAAGCCUGAUGCUCAGGAGGAAUUACGCGAACUGGCCAUGAGCCUGCGCAGCACCCAGCUGCAGGAAAAUCGUAUUCGCCAUUUCGCCUUUGAGACUGUCUCGCUCCCCUCGUCACGGGUUGGGUCCCGCGAGUCCAGCGAACGGGGGCCCCAAGACACGGCGAGCUCUCAUGGCGCCUCGCCGCGUGCUUCCCCUCCUGUCUCGGUCAUGCAAUCGCCUCCGUUAACCCCCGCAGCCACCCAUUCCCGCGACGGAAAGAACGGUGACGGCCAUAACCACCAAACCAAUCAUCCUAAUCAUCGCCAUGGUCAUGCCCAUCCCCCGCCGGCCCUACAGACCGACCGGCUCAAUGGUCAGCCCGUCGCCAUGACCCCGGACACCUCUCCGCCCAUCACCGUCGCUGACAACAGGGCCCCGGGGGCGCAGAGCACUUCGUCAUCACGCCCUUCGUCAGCCGAGCAACUGUUAUCGAAGCGGAAUGACGCCACCACCACCACCACCCCUGGCGGCGCUUCCGAAACCAUCGCCCGCCAAAACGAGGCCAAGCAUCACCGCGCCCAGUUCUUCCUGGGCCCCAAUGCUGAGAGCUCCCAGGAGGAAAGUCCGCCGCCCACUCCAAAAUCCGAUUUCGGUUCCUUCACCCCUCCGGGUGCCAUUACCCCCGUGGGUGAGCCCAACGACCCAUACGCGCGCAGUCGCCGCCCCCCUCAGUCGAAAACACAGAUCGACUCCCGAUUCAUCUUUGGUAGCCUUGACUCCAAACGCCGCGGUCACCAGUCCUCUUCUUCCUUUGGCCGGCCUGCCACCCCACGCUCCACCAGCACCAGUGACCUGAAAUCCCAUGAGAAUAAGCGCUCCUCACUUUUCGGCAGCAAGAAGGAUCUUCGCGAGCAAGACUACGGACACAUCGAGACCAGACCUCAGGGCUCCAUGGCCGAGCUCAAGCGCUUCUUCAAGAUGGGCCAUCACCGCCACAAGCGCGGCGAGUCGCCCACCUCGGCCCCCAAGCGCUCCAGUCGCUCCUCGGGAAAGAGCGGCCCCUUCCACACGGGCCCCGAUAACGUCCCCUUUGCCGACGACCACGGCCUCCAGUCUAAAUACGGCAAACUGGGCCGCGUGCUGGGGUCCGGCGCCGGCGGCUCGGUCCGCCUGCUGAAGCGCAGCAGCGACGGCGUCACCUUCGCCGUCAAGCAGUUCCGCGACCGUCACUCCUGGGAGACCGAGAAGGAAUACUCCAAAAAGGUGACGGCGGAGUUCUGCAUCGGGUCCACUCUGCACCACGGCAACAUCAUCGAGACCCUAGACAUCAUCCAAGAAGGCCCCCAUUGGUACGAGGUCAUGGAAUAUGCCCCCUAUGACCUGUUUGCCUGCGUCAUGACCGGCAAGAUGAGCAAGGACGAGAUCGCCUGCUCCUUCCGCCAGAUCGUCAGCGGUGUCGCCUACCUACACGGCAUGGGACUCGCCCACCGUGAUCUGAAACUCGAUAAUGUCGUGGUCAACGAACACGGCAUCAUGAAGCUCAUCGACUUUGGAAGCGCUGUCGUCUUCCGCUAUCCGUUUGAGAAUGACAUUGUUUUUGCGUCAGGCAUUGUCGGAUCGGACCCGUAUUUAGCCCCCGAGGUGUAUGAUGAAAAGAAAUAUGAUCCUCGCCCGACAGACAUUUGGUCACUGGCCAUCAUCUUUUGCUGCAUGACGCUGCGACGGUUCCCCUGGAAGCAACCGCGCACCAGUGAUAACUCUUACCGACUGUUUGUGUCGACUCCGACCCCCGGGACGCCCGUGCCCGACGCGGAACCCCGGCGCAUCCGUCCCAAAUCCGCAGCCGACCUGGCUCAGAGCAUUGACCCGAAGAAACCGCCUCCACUCCUUCUACCGGAGCAACCAGCUCAGGGGGCCGCCGAAAAGGUCAACGGGACCAACAACAACAAUAACAACGUGUCCAUCACCUCCGAGAAGGUAGAACCGGCGUCCAAGCCGGAACAAACUUCGGGUGACGAGAAAACGCCCGAGUCGCCGCAGGACGGCAACCGGCCCAAGGUCUCCCGUACCACCAGCAAGGAGGCACCCCCGCUGCCGCCGGGCGUCCAGUCUGGCCAGCGACAGGAGGUGAUCAAGGGGCCCUGGCGGCUGUUACGCAUCCUGCCGCGUGAGAGUCGGCAUGUCAUCGGACGCAUGCUCAAGGUCAACCCCAAGGAGCGUGCGACGCUGGAUGAGGUGCUCACAGAUGACUGGGUGCGUGCCAUCAAGGUCUGCCAGCAGGAGGUCAACGGUGAGCUGAUUCGGGCUCCUGGCCACGAACAUGUCCUCGAACCGCCAGCCCCCAGGGCACGUACAAAUUGUAGAUUGACUUCUGGCGCCAUCGCCGGCCUCACAGUCGACUGCUCCCUCUACCCGCUCGACACGAUCAAGACCCGGCUCCAGAAAGCUCGCACCCCGCUGUCAAGCUCUUCAGCUUCAGCUUCGACGACGACCAUCCCUAAGCCGUCGCUUCGGCAGACUCUCCGCGGGAUCUACGCCGGUCUUCCGUCCGUGCUGUUCGGGUCUGCGCCUUCUGCCGCCUCGUUCUUCAUCGUCUACGAUGGGGUGAAACGGACGCUUCUCGACAUGGAAAAGAAUCCAGGGGCGGAAAGGAAACCAUCUCGGACACACCUCAUCCUCACACACUCGCUUGCUUCGUCGCUUGGUGAGAUCGCGGCGUGCGCCGUCCGCGUGCCGACGGAGGUGGUCAAGCAGCGCGCCCAGGCGGGGCUCUUCGGCGGCUCGACCCUGCUCGCUCUCACGGAUAUUCUGAAUCUACGCCGGCAGCCGUCGGGGGGUUAUCUUCGGGUGAUUCGUGAGCUGUACCGUGGAGCGGGGAUCACGAUCGCGCGCGAGAUUCCCUUUACAGUCCUGCAGUUUACCAUGUGGGAGUCCAUGAAGGAGAGCUACAUGAAACGAUCAUCACAGUCAUCACAGUCAUCACGGUCGUCGUCUGGUGCGUCGGGGAAUGGGUUUAUUCCUGCCUCGACGAGCGCGGUAUUCGGAAGCAUCGCUGGUGCGAUUGCCGCGGGGCUGACCACCCCGUUGGACGUGAUCAAGACGCGGGUGAUGCUCGCGCGACGAGACGAAGGCGCCGGCCGGGUGCGAGUGCGAGAGAUCGUGCAGGAGAUUGCGAGCGAGGGAGGAGCUGGCGCCUUCUUCAGGGGCGUUGGCCCGCGGGUGGCCUGGAUCGGCAUCGGGGGGGCGGUCUUCCUGGGGAGUUACCAGUGGGCAUGGAAUACGUUGGGAAGGAGGGAGGAGAAGAGUGAUCUGGGCCAGCCAUCGGUCUUGCUUACCCGCCUCUUCUUCCCCUCUCGCUUCUCCUCCUUCUCCCACUCUCUUUCGGCUUCAAUCCUCUGCUCUGCCUCUGCUUUCUCUUGUGCCUCCUGGCAAUCAGCCUGCAUGGCGAGGAAAUUCAGCCAUCAGAGGGUCACUUAUGUCCUUCCUCCCCCUGACGCUCCAGGCGGCCACCGACUGGGUGUGAACGGAUUGGCGGUCGACGUCGACAACUCCAUCCUAUAUUCCGCUGGUCGCGAUGGCGUCGUCUGCUCGUGGAACCUUGAUGCCUCGGCCGCUACGACCCCCGACACGAAGAACCCUCCCGCAACGACCUUUCGCAGCCAGGUCCAGGCACACAGCCACUGGAUUAACGAUAUCGUCCUGACGCAAAACAACGAGGCGCUUGUCUCUGCCUCGUCGGAUACCACUGUGCGCCUGUGGCGCCCGCACGCGGACGCCGCCGACCUCCCCGCCCCGAUCGGCAAACACGCCGACUAUGUCAAGUGUCUGGCAACGCCCGGGAGCAGCUCGUCCUGGGUCGCCUCGGGCGGGCUGGACCACUACCUCUACCUGUGGGACGUCAACGGCGGCGGCGAGACGCUCAAGAUCGACACCUGCGGCGACGACAAGACGGCCAAGGGCUCCGUCUACGCGCUGGGCGCCGUUCACUCCGUGCUCGCCACGGGAGGGCCUGAGAGCGCCGUGCGUGUCUGGGACCCCAAGUCCGGGAAGCUGAUCACCAAGUUCGUCGGCCAUACGGACAACGUGCGCGACAUUCUCAUCAACCGCGCCGGCGAUACCAUCAUGACCGCCUCGUCGGACCAGACCGUCAAGAUCUGGUCUCUGACCGCCGGCCGCUGCAUGCACACCCUCACCAUGCACAACGACAGCGUCUGGUCCCUGUAUUCCGACGAUCCGGACCUCGCUGUCUUUUAUUCUAGCGACCGCUCUGGUCUCGUCGCCAAGACUGAUACCCGUCGCGCCUCGGACAUCGAUCACGGCCUUUGCGUCGCUGUCCUGCAGGAGCACGAGGGUGUCGUCAAGGUCGUCGCGGCCGGGGACUCCAUUUGGACCGCUACCCCGAAAUCUAGCAUCAACCGCUGGCGCAACAUCGACACUACGCUUGAGAUCGAGGCUCCGCCAGCUUCAGAAGAAGAGGAAGAAGAAGAAGAAGAAGAAGAAGAAGAAAAGAAACAGACUGAGCCCGCGCCGGCAAAAGCAGCAGCUGAAACGGCGCCAGCAUCCAAAGAAGCUCCUCCGAAACCUCAGAAGAUCCCCUACAAUUCGGUCCUCCUUCUGACCAGUACCUCGACUUUCCCCCAUACAGCCCGGCCGGGUGUGGAGGUGACCAACCCAAGGGCCAAUGCAACCAGUCAGUCCGACGAUGAGUUGGGACUCGCUGCCCCCGCGCUGUCCCUGCCGGUUGAGACCAUAGAGGGCCAACACGGACUGAUCAAAUACUUGAUGCUCAACGACCGCAAACGAACCCUAACCCAAGAUUCGGCGGGCGAGGUUGUCCUGUGGGAUCUUCUCAAGUGCACACCCAUCAAACAGUUCGGUAAAUGCCAUAUGGACGACGUCGCUCUUGAAAUCAAUACCACGGAAAGCAUUGCCCACUGGUGCACCAUUGAUAUCCGGACGGGUCGGCUGUCGGUCAUCGUCGAGCUUAACCGGUGCUUCGACGCUGAGGUAUAUGCGGAUGAAGCCGAUCUGGCAGAUCUCACUCCUUUCCGCGAAGACCAGCGAAUCAAUCUUGGCAAGUGGAUUCUGCGGUGGUUAUUUGCCCCUCUGGUCGACGAGGAGAUGGCACGCGACGCGCAGUAUCGCGCGACGGCCGUGGCCAAAGCCGAGGAGAUUGCCAAAUCCACCGCCGAGGCCGCCAAUUCGUCGUCUUCUUCGUCGCAUGCGACCUCACGACCGAUCGGAAUCCCCGUGCCGCCGCGGGAUAUUGGCGGCGCCGGGUUUGGACAUGGAGUGCCGGUCACGCCUGGGUUUAGCAUCGCGUCCACGAACCACUUUGGCACCUCGCCCUUCACCAUGGGUGAUGACGACGGCUCAGAGCUGCUCUCUUCCUCACACCCGCCUGCACCGACCUCGGCGGUAGCAGCAGACCUGACGCGCAGCUCGGGCGAUUACUUUUCAUCGCGGCCGAAGAACCCACUGUCCAGGAUUGAUUCGCAGACCCAGGCACCCUCGAGUGGUGCCGCCUUGCCACAGUCGCCGUCGGAGCCGGACAAGGAGGAGAAGAAGCAGCGCGGCGGGUCGCUGUUCAGCAAGAAGUGGAAUCUCCCCAAGAAGCUGGGCCGCACCCCCUCAGAGGCCAAGCCGCCUGUCCAGGAGGAAAAGGUCGAGGACUCGGACAAAUCGUCGGUCAAAGAGGAGAAGGUGUACGAGAACAACCUGGGCGGCGUGAUCGAGCGCAUGCGCGACGAGUACGAGGAAUUCCUGGCCGCCCAUCCGGCGCAGGCGUCCGAGCUGGUCUCGGCCAUCACCCCAAGCCCGGAGAUCGAGACACCCCGGCUCGAUGUGCCCGCUCGCACCACCAUCUUCAUCCAGGAGGAGUCGGGCGACUCGGCCGUCGCCACAGAUUUGUACCGGGGGAGCUUCGAAUCGGUCGCGCAGGACAUUGACAAGUUGGAGAAGUCGAUUCCCCAAUGGUUGGGCGAGUUGUUACUGAAGAACCAAAUCAUCCCGAAAGAACCUGUCAAGGUGGCAUUUACCUUGAAGCCGUACGACGACUUGCUGCCACACGUUUCCAAGCCCGAUUUGACAAACGGCAGCUCCCGACUGAACGCGAACCGCAUGCUCCGCGCAAAGAAGAUUCUGGCAUAUGUAGCAGAGCGGAUCGAUCCGAACUACGCAGACGAAGAAAAUGCCCUCAAGCCGGAGGAGUAUCUUGAGCUGUACUGUCAGAGAACGAUCAUCCCUUCGAACAUGACACUCGCAACUAUCCGACAACACCUGUGGCGCUCUGGCGGCGACAUGGUUCUCUUCUACAAGGCUAACGGCCGACGAGAGAUCAAGAUGCCUCCAUCGGAAGAAGAGGGACAGGCACAGGCACAGGGACAACCUGCGAGUCUGCCGGCAAGCAUCCACUCAUCUACACCGUCAGGGCCUGCCUCGCCGAAGCCUUGA